GUGACUGGUCCAGCAGUCUUCUGGGACCUGUCACGUGUCCGCAGUCUCUGGUCACCUCCUGUACUGUGUCCGCAGUCUCUUGUCACCCCCUGUACUGUGUCCGCAGUCUCUGGUCACCUCCUGUACUGUGUCCGCAGUCUCUGGUCAUCUCCUGUACUGUGUCCGCAGUCUCUGGUCAUCUCCUGUACUGUGUCCGCAGUCUCUGGUCAUCUCCUGUACUGUGUCCGCAGUCUCUGGUCAUCUCCUGUACUGUGUCCGCAGUCUCUGGUCAUCUCCUGUACUGUGUCCGCAGUCUCUGGUCAUCUCCUGUACUGUGUCCGCAGUCUCUGGUCAUCUCCUGUACUGUGUCCGCAGUCUCUGGUCAUCUCCUGUACUGUGUCCGCAGUCUCUGGUCAUCUCCUGUACUGUGUCCGCAGUCUCUGGUCAUCUCCUGUACUGUGUCCGCAGUCUCUGGUCAUCUCCUGUACUGUGUCCGCAGUCUCUGGUCAUCUCCUGUACUGUGUCCGUAGUCUCUGGUCAUCUCCUGUACUAUGUCCGCAGUCUCUGGUCAUCUCCUGUACUAUGUCCGCAGUCUCUGGUCAUCUCCUG